AUGGCGGUUUCAUAUGCGUCUCUGUUGAAUAUUAGCUCAGUUUCAGUUCCACAAACCAAAGUGUCACCACGCUCCAUUUGUGCUCUCUCUUCUGCCAAGCCUGGGAAAUGUGCGUUAUCUUCCUUGAGCUUUAUCUCCUGUCCGUUGCGGCUCUCAUCUUCGUUUUCAAGCCCCACUCUUGUGAGAAAUAGUGGCGCUCUGUUUUCCCCGGUUAGAGCCAUGGCAGAGGAAGCUGCAUUACAGUCCAAAGUGACUCACAAAGUUUAUUUUGAUAUAAGCAUUGGAGAACCUGUAGGAAAGCUUGCUGGGAGAAUUGUAAUUGGAUUAUAUGGUGAUGAUGUGCCGCAGACUGCGGAGAAUUUCCGUGCUCUGUGCACAGGAGAGAAGGGAUUUGGCUACAAGGGAUCCGCAUUCCACCGUGUUAUUAAGGAUUUUAUGAUUCAAGGAGGAGAUUUUGAUAAAGGAAAUGGUACAGGUGGUAAAAGCAUAUAUGGCCGUACAUUCAAAGAUGAAAACUUCGAGUUGGUUCAUACUGGACCUGGAGUUGUUAGCAUGGCAAAUGCAGGCCCUGAUACCAAUGGUAGCCAAUUUUUCAUUUGCACUGUUAAGACACCAUGGCUGGACCAGAGGCAUGUGGUGUUCGGACAAGUUCUGGAGGGCAUGGAUGUUGUUAAGCUGGUUGAGUCACAGGAGACAGACAGAGGUGAUCGUCCUAGGAAGAGGGUUGUCAUAAGUGAUUCUGGGGAACUUCCAGUGGUUUAA